CAGCACACGCCAAACGCCGCUCCCGAGGAGGAGGACGAGUAGAUCGCAUCCAAUCCCAGGUUAAAAAAAGUCUCGCCAAAAAAGCGACGAGGUUUUUGAGAUUUCCCCCUUCCAUUUCCUUUCCUCGCCUUUCCCCCGCUCGAGCUCGAACGCGCGAGCUGAAAACCUGAACCCUAGCCUCCGAUCUCUCUCCCUCUCUCUUCGGCGCGCCUGCCGAUCGGAGCAGCUCAGUGAGCCGGGGCUUAUGGUGGGCGGCCUCUGAGCGUGCGAGCGAGAGUGAGCCCGCACGUAGAUCUCGCCCCAGCGCGCGAGGGGAUUCGGCGGGAUGGCGAGGGCGGAGGCGAACUGGGAGCGCCUGGUGCGGGCGGCGCUGCGCGGGGAGCGGAUGGGCGGCGCCUACGGGCUGCCAGUCAGUGGCAUCGCCGGGAACGUGCCGUCGUCGCUCGGCAACAACACGCACAUCGACGAGGUGCUCCGCGCCGCCGACGAGAUCCAGGACGAGGACCCCACCGUCGCCAGGAUUCUUUGUGAGCAUGCAUACACACUUGCUCAGAAUUUGGACCCCAACAGCGAAGGGAGGGGUGUGCUGCAGUUCAAAACCGGUUUGAUGUCAGUAAUCAGGCAAAAACUAGCAAAGCGGGAGGUUGGUGCUAUAGAUCGAAGUCAGGAUAUUGCUAAACUGCAAGAAUUUUAUAAGCUAUACAGAGAGAAACAUAAAGUUGAUGAGUUGUGCGACGAUGAAAUGAAGCUGAGGGAAUCUGCUGUGUUCAGCGGUAACCUUGGAGAGUUGGAACGCAAAACUCUGAAGCGCAAGAAAGUACUUGCAACUCUCAAGGUCUUAUGGUCUGUCAUAGAAGACAUAACUAGGGAAAUUUCACCUGAAGAUGCAGAAAAACUGAUAUCGGAAGAGAUGAAAAGAGUAAUGCAAAAGGAUGCAGCAAGGACAGAGGAUGUUGUAGCUUAUAAUAUUAUUCCUCUAGAUGCCUUGUCUACGACUAACGCAAUUGUCACUUUCCCAGAGGUGAGGGCAGCAAUUUCAGCUUUGCAGUACCAUAGGGAUCUGCCCAGGCUCCCUGAUACCAUUUCAGUUCCUGAUGCUAGGAAUUCAGACAUGCUGGAUCUCUUGCACUGUGUGUUCGGCUUUCAGAAAGGCAAUGUGAGCAAUCAAAGGGAGCACAUCGUUCACCUGUUGGCAAAUGAGCAGUCUCGUUUGGGCAAACUGCCAGGGAAUGAACCGAAAAUCGAUGAGGGUGCUGUACAUGUUGUGUUCUCCAAGUCCCUUGAUAACUACAUGAAAUGGUGCAACUAUUUGCCACUUCGUCCUGUCUGGAAUAACACUGAACUGUUGACCAAAGAAAAGAAGUUGCUAUAUGUAUGCUUAUACUACUUAAUAUGGGGUGAAGCUGCCAAUGUACGAUUUCUUCCAGAAGGCUUGUGCUACAUAUUUCAUCAUCUAGCAAGAGAGCUAGAGGAGAUUAUGCGAAAACAUACCGCGGAACCAGCUGAAAGCUGCAUUUCUAAUGAUGGUGUAUCAUUUCUUGACCAAGUCAUUUCUCCUCUAUAUGAAAUAAUUGCAGCUGAAGCAGCCAACAAUGAUAAUGGGCGGGCAGGUCAUUCUGCAUGGAGAAACUAUGAUGAUUUCAAUGAGUUUUUCUGGUCUCUGAAAUGUUUUCAACUGGGUUGGCCAUGGAAACUGAGCAAUCCAUUUUUCUCGAAGCCUAGUAAGAAAGAGCAGGGCUUGCUAGGUAGGAAGCAUCAUUAUGGAAAGACUUCUUUUGUGGAGCACAGAACUUUUUUGCAUCUUUACCACAGCUUUCACCGCCUUUGGAUGUUCCUAAUCAUGAUGUUUCAGGGGCUUACUAUCAUUGCUUUUAACAAUGGUAGUUUUGACACCAAUACUGCAUUGCAACUUCUCAGCCUGGGUCCGACCUAUGUCGUAAUGGAAUUUAUUGAAAGUAUAUUGGACAUUCUAAUGAUGUACGGCGCCUAUUCAACAUCUCGUGGAUCUGCAAUUACUAGGGUGAUCUGGCGAUUCUGUUGGUUUACCGUGGCUUCGUUGGUCAUUUGCUACUUGUACAUCAAGGCACUUCAAGGUGGGACACAAUCUGCAAUUUUCAAGAUAUAUGUUUUCGUAAUCAGCGCGUAUGCUGGUGUCCAGAUAAUCAUCAGUUUACUCAUGAGUAUUCCUUGUUGCCGUGGUUUUACAAAUGCUUGCUACCGCUGGCCUGUCGUACGCCUUGCUAAGUGGUUGCAUCAGGAGCACAAUUAUGUUGGAAGAGGCCUGCACGAGAAGCCUUUAGACUAUAUCAAAUAUGUUGCUUUCUGGCUUGUUAUCCUUGCUGCAAAGUUUUCAUUCACCUAUUUUCUCCAGAUCAGACCUCUUGUAAAACCAACAAGAACGAUAAUCAGCUUCAGAGGCCUACAGUAUCAAUGGCAUGACUUUGUCUCAAAGAAUAACCAUAAUGCUCUUACAAUCCUUUCUUUGUGGGCUCCAGUGGUCUCAAUUUAUCUUUUGGACAUUCAUGUAUUUUACACCAUCAUGUCUGCUAUUGUUGGAUUCCUUCUCGGGGCACGUGAUCGCUUGGGAGAGAUUAGGUCUGUUGAAGCAGUUCACAGAUUCUUUGAGAGGUUCCCUGAAGCAUUCAUGGAUAAACUUCAUGUUGCUGUUCCAAAAAGGAAACAGCUGCUAUCAUCUGGUCAGCAUGCAGAGUUAAACAAGUUCGAUGCAUCCAGAUUUGCUCCUUUCUGGAAUGAAAUUGUGAGAAAUUUGCGGGAAGAGGACUAUAUUAACAACACUGAAUUGGAUCUACUCUUGAUGCCCAAGAAUAAUGGCGAUCUUCCAAUUGUGCAGUGGCCUCUAUUUUUGCUUGCUAGCAAGGUUUUCUUGGCCAAGGAUAUUGCAGUUGAUUGCAAUGACUCACAAGAUGAACUCUGGCUAAGGAUCUCAAAGGAUGAAUACAUGCAAUAUGCUGUUGAGGAAUGCUUUCACAGCAUUUAUUAUGUCCUCACAUCUAUACUAGAUAAAGAAGGCCAUCUUUGGGUGCAGAGGAUUUUUAGUGGUAUUCGAGAAAGCAUUUCAAAGAAGAACAUCCAGAGUGACAUUCAUUUCAGCAAAUUGCCUAAUGUCAUUGCCAAGCUUGUUGCUGUAGCAGGAAUACUGAAAGAAACAGAGUCAGCUGAUAUGAAGAAGGGGGCAGUUAAUGCUAUUCAAGACCUAUAUGAAGUUGUUCAUCACGAAGUGCUUUCUGUCGAUAUGAGUGGUAACAUUGAAGAUUGGAGUCAGAUAAAUAGAGCAAGAGCCGAAGGUCGCCUCUUCAAUAAUCUCAAGUGGCCAAAUGAUCCUGGAUUGAAGGACUUGAUCAAACGGCUACAUUCACUUCUGACCAUCAAGGAAUCAGCUGCAAAUGUUCCUCAAAACCUGGAAGCCAGUCGGAGACUAGAGUUCUUCACGAACUCUCUGUUCAUGCGAAUGCCCCUUGCAAGGCCUGUUUCAGAAAUGCUUUCAUUUAGCGUGUUCACUCCAUAUUACUCCGAGACUGUGCUUUAUAGCAUUGCUGAACUCCAGAAGAGAAAUGAAGAUGGUAUAACUACACUGUUUUAUCUCCAGAAGAUUUAUCCAGAUGAAUGGAAGAACUUCCUUACUCGCAUCAACAGGGAUGAAAAUGCAGCAGACUCUGAACUGUUCAGUAGUUCAAAUGACAUACUAGAACUGCGGUUGUGGGCAUCUUAUCGUGGGCAGACCUUAGCACGGACAGUUCGUGGGAUGAUGUACUACAGGAAGGCCCUUAUGUUGCAAAGUUAUUUGGAGAGAAUGCAAUCCGAAGACCUUGAAUCUCCAUCUGGCAUGGCUGGUUUGGCUGAGGCACAUUUUGAGUACUCCCCCGAAGCACGUGCACAUGCGGAUCUGAAGUUCACGUAUGUGGUUACCUGCCAAAUUUACGGCAUACAGAAAGGGGAAGGGAAACCAGAAGCUGCAGAUAUAGCCCUUCUAAUGCAAAGAAAUGAAGCUCUCAGAAUUGCUUAUAUUGAUGUUGUUGAGAGUGUCAAGAAUGGAAAGCCUAGCACCGAGUUUUUUUCAAAGCUUGUUAAAGCUGACAUUCAUGGAAAGGACAAGGAAAUUUAUUCCAUUAAGUUGCCGGGCAAUCCAAAGCUGGGGGAGGGUAAACCUGAAAACCAAAAUCAUGCAGUAAUAUUCACUCGUGGAAAUGCAGUGCAAACUAUUGAUAUGAACCAGGAUAACUAUUUUGAGGAGGCACUCAAAAUGAGAAACCUGCUUGAGGAGUUCUCUAAAGAUCAUGGCAAGUUCAAGCCUUCAAUUCUUGGAGUUAGAGAACAUGUCUUCACGGGAAGUGUUUCCUCCCUGGCCUCAUUCAUGUCAAAUCAGGAAACUAGUUUUGUGACAUUAGGACAGCGUGUUCUUUCUAAUCCACUGAAAGUGAGAAUGCAUUAUGGACACCCAGAUGUUUUUGAUAGGGUUUUUCAUAUUACGAGGGGUGGUAUUAGUAAGGCAUCCCGUAUCAUCAAUAUUAGUGAGGAUAUAUUUGCAGGGUUCAAUUCUACUCUUCGUCAAGGCAACAUAACUCAUCACGAGUAUAUUCAGGUUGGUAAAGGAAGAGAUGUUGGGCUAAAUCAGAUUGCGCUAUUUGAAGGAAAAGUUGCUGGGGGAAACGGUGAACAAGUGCUGAGCCGAGACAUAUACAGAAUUGGACAACUUUUUGACUUUUUCAGGAUGUUAUCCUUUUAUGUUACAACUAUUGGGUUCUACUUCUGCACUAUGCUAACCGUUUUGACUGUGUACAUAUUUCUAUAUGGCAAGACCUAUCUGGCUUUAUCUGGUGUUGGAGAAUCAAUUCAGAAUAGGGCCGAUAUAUUGGGGAACGCGGCCUUGAGCGCGGCGCUGAACACCCAGUUUCUUUUCCAGAUUGGUGUGUUUACUGCAAUUCCCAUGAUUCUAGGUCUCAUCCUGGAAGCUGGUGUCUUGACGGCUUUUGUCACCUUCAUUACGAUGCAGUUCCAACUAUGCUCCGUCUUUUUUACCUUCUCCCUUGGAACAAGGACUCACUACUUUGGUCGCACGAUAUUACAUGGAGGCGCAAAGUAUAGAGCAACUGGCAGGGGUUUUGUGGUACGGCAUAUAAAGUUUGCUGAGAAUUACCGCCUUUAUUCUCGAAGCCAUUUUGUUAAAGGGAUGGAGGUUGCAGUUUUGUUGGUGAUUUUUCUAGCUUAUGGAUUUAACAAUGGUGGAGCAAUUGGCUAUAUUUUACUUUCCAUAAGCAGCUGGUUCAUGGCGCUUUCUUGGCUUUUUGCUCCCUACAUAUUCAACCCAUCUGGAUUUGAAUGGCAGAAGGUUGUUGAGGAUUUCAGAGAUUGGACAAACUGGCUCUUCUACCGUGGUGGUAUUGGGGUUAAAGGAGAAGAAAGCUGGGAAGCCUGGUGGGAUGAGGAACUGGCACAUAUUCAUACCUUUCGGGGGAGGAUUCUGGAAACUUUACUUAGUUUAAGGUUUUUCAUUUUCCAGUUUGGAGUUGUUUACCACAUGGAUGCAAGUGAACCAAGUACAGCAUUAAUGGUAUAUUGGAUAUCAUGGGCUGUGCUUGGAGGACUUUUUGUCCUUCUAAUGGUAUUUGGUUUAAACCCCAAGGCUAUGGUUCAUUUCCAAUUGCUCCUGCGUCUUGUCAAAAGCAUUGCACUAUUAAUGGUUCUGGCAGGUUUGAUUGUGGCAAUUGUGUUCACACCCCUUAGUUUGGCUGAUGUAUUUGCUUCCUUUCUAGCAUAUGUGCCUACUGGAUGGGGAAUUCUUUCGAUUGCCGUGGCAUGGAAACCUGUUGUGAAGAGAUUGGGUUUGUGGAAAACUGUGCGCUCUCUUGCUCGUUUGUAUGAUGCUGGCAUGGGAAUGAUCAUUUUUGUACCCAUAGCCAUCUGCUCGUGGUUUCCCUUCAUAUCCACCUUCCAGACAAGACUACUUUUUAACCAAGCUUUUAGCAGAGGAUUGGAGAUUUCUCUCAUCCUUUCUGGCAACAACCAGAAUGCAGGGAUAUGAUGGUGUCUUUAUCCAUCUUUUGAAUCUUGAGGCAGGCCGUGCAGCUCCGUAGUUUAGUUGACCGUUGGUCCCCAGUUAGCAGGUCCCCAGUUAGCAGUAGAUGUAUAUAUAUCUCAAUGUUGACCGCCAGUUAUCUCUAUAAUUGUAUUGUAUAUUACCUGCUACAUUGUUGCAAAAACACUAGCUGUACUUUUAGGUUUUGUUAUGUAAGGACUUGGUACUGGAUGUUUGUUAAAGAAUGGCGUGCCUACGUAUUAAUUGCUACUCCCUCCGGUCCAUGAUAAGUGUCUUGGAUAUAAUACAACUUUGUACUAAAUUUAGUACAAAAUAUGAUACGUUUAUUAUGGAUCGGAGAGAGUAGAAGAUUGAUAUUGUGAACUUGAUGGGUUUUU